ACCAACUCAUGUAGAGAUUGUGAGUAUUGUAACGAUGGCCUAGAGGUUUACUGUGAUAAAGGAGUAGUGUUAACUUACAAUCGGUUUGAUUACGACGGCACCAUCACCCAUGGAGGUUUUUCCACGUUCACUGUUGUCCAUGAAAGGUACUGCUUCAAAAUACCAGAGGACUACCCCUUGGCUUCAGCAGCACCACUGCUUUGUGCUGGCAUUACUGUUUACUCUCCCAUGAUGGACCAUAAGAUGAACAAACCUGGUAAAUCCCUAGGGGUCAUCGGCCUCGGUGGUCUUGGUCACAUGGCUAUGAAAUUCGGCAAGGCCUUCAAACUCAAGGUGACCGUUUUCAGCACAAGCAUGUCUAAGAAAGAUGAAGCUCUAACUGUGCUUGGAGCUGACAACUUCGUGGUCUCGUCUGACCAAGACCAGAUGAAGGCGCUGGCUAAGUCACUUGACUUCAUCGUUGACACAGCAUCUGGUGAUCACCCGUUCGACUUGUACAUGUCACUACUGAAGACUGCUGGUGUUCUAGUCCUUGUGGGUGCCCCAAAUGAAAUCAAAUUGAGCCCUAUGAGCCUUCUUAUAGGUAAGAGAUCAAUUACCGGUAGCGUAGCAGGUGGUACAAAACAGAUUCAAGAAAUGUUAAACUUCUGUUCUGCUCACCAGAUAUAUCCAAACAUAGAAGUUGUUCCAAUUCAGAAUGUGAAUGAAGCUAUUGAGAGGCUCAUAAAGAAGGAUGUCAAGUACCGCUUUGUGGUAGACAUUGGAAACUCCCUGAAAUGAAGAUUAUUGCAACAAUAUAUGAGCAUAUAAAUGAG